UGGAGGCGUUCGGGAUAUGUAGCCUUCCUCACGAUGCAAGCAAGUUCUGUUUUCAAACGCAGUAGAAUCACAUCAUUGGCAUUUAACGGUUAUUUGAUUACCCCGGUAUAUUGCUAACACACCUGCUCCUGCUAUCCGUUUCGUUUCUCCGCCAGCAUGCAAUUCAAACCUAGCCUCAGUAAGGCGCUGAUCCCUUACUCACAACGCACCCACUCCAAUAAGCGCAAGUGAGCGGCCAAUUGGGGCAACAAAAUCUUUGGUGGGCUUUAAGGGGAUCACUUGCUACGUAUUGUUAUUCUAUUUCUCCGUGACGUUAGUAAGCGCCCUGAAGCUAAUUCGUUUUUGCUUCGAGCCCAUGAUGUUUUAUAUACGCGCAUCUCCACCGCGUCUAUGAAAACCACUGUCUAUCAAGCACCAUCAAUCGUUGAGUGACCAGUCUAUUAUCCAGCAUGGUUUCCUAAGACGCAGAGAAGGCUGUAGAUGAACCAGCUAAGCCCAAUCAGCCUUUCCCGAAUACAGCAGAAUCAGACUCACAGAUUGACGAAUCUGACCUCGAUGAUGCUUGGAAGUUUUUGCGUAGCGCAAGAGCCGUUGAUGACAAUGCCGUCGAAGCUGUGAACUUGAGCUCGCUUCGACGAAAGAUCGAUCGGCGAAUUCUACCGUUGAUCUUUUGCUGCUACGUCACGCAGCUUCUAGACAAGGUCGUCCUGAACUAUGCGGCUGUCAUGGGUCUUCCCAAGGAAUUUAACUUUGACCCGAAGCGCAACCAAUUCUCGGAUCUAGUGACGUUUCUUGCUGUUGGCACACUUCUGUUUAAGAUACCCAACAUUUACUUUUUACAAAAGUUUCCUGCCGCCAAGUGGCCCGCUGCCAAUGUGGUAUGCUGGGGCAUUGCCACGGCUUGCGGUCCUGCGGCACACAACUUCCAGACCAUCCUCGUCGCCAGAGUCUUUCUUGGAAUCUUCGAAGCGACUGUCGGCCCUUCGCUUGCUAUCAUCAGUAGCCAGUGGUACACCAAGUCUGAACAAGCCCCAAGAUAUUCAUUUUGGUAUCUUGGUGUUGGCAUGGGUCAAAUCAUUGGCGGCGCCAUCUCCUACGGAUUUCAGCAUGUCGCACCGGAUGCCAAUCCCUCUGGCUGGCGCAUCAUGUUUAUUACGCUAGGUGUAUUCACUGUUUUGGUCGGAAUAUGCGUUUGCAUCUUCAUCCCAGAUACCCCGAUGCAGGCAGCUUGGCUCUCGACCGUGGAAAAGGCAGCGCUUCUCAAACAUGUUGCGGCAAAUCAAACUGGCAUCUCCAACCACAAAUUCCACCCAAGAGAACUGCUGGAGGCUUUCCUUGACCCGCAAAUGUAUUGUUUCUUUAUUGCCAAUCUCGGUACUUCCAUCUCUAGUGGUGUUGUGACGACCUAUUCAGCCACCUUGAUCAGAGGCCUUCUUUACGACUCGAAACAAGCAGCGCUGAUGAACAUGCCCUCUGGAGCUGUUGGCUGUUUCUUUACACUACUUGUUGGAUUUGGUAUUCGAAAGGGUUCAAAUAGAUGGGCAUGGGUUCUGCUAUGUGCAGGUGCAGCGCUUAUUGGCAGCGGACUGAUGUCCUUUUUGCCCUCCACCAACAAAGCCGGCGUUCUUGCAGGUAUCUACCUAGUCAACGCCACUAUUCCUGCCCUCUUUGUGUUCUACUCCUGGGCAUUGAGCAAUGUCGCGGGAGCAACAAAACGCGCUUUUGCGGCAGCAACCGUCUCGGCCUCGUUUUCUCUAGGCAACAUCAUCGGACCACAAACAUUCCGAGCGCAAGACGCAGCUUCUAGUUACCGAUCUGCCAAGAUAUUUUCUAUGGGAGGGCAAGCCGUCUGUAUAGUAUUCACUUUCAUCUUGGUGUCAUACUACUAGUUCAUGAUCCGUAGGCGAACUGACCGCAGCAAGGAAACUGAGAAAGCUUACAAGUCUGCUGAGGUCUGGCACACAGUCACAGAUGCUAAAAUAAGCACUUCAUAUAUAGCUACUAAGAACAACAUAUUCACUUAAUAUAAAAGGCUGUCCAUUACAACUUCGCUGGCUGCAAGUUCCAGAUGCCUUCGUUUUCAGAUGGUCUUCCUAGUCUGACACGCGCCGUUCCGGCUCUCAAAUCAGCAACAAUGCUGAACAAGGUCUCGCUGGUUUCUUUUCCAGUAGCCUUUCUGUUAAUGCUAGUUGGGAAGCCUUGGUCAUCCUCCAAUAUGUGUUCGAUAAUUGAAACGCCCGUGUCAGAGCCUGCUGGAGCCUGUGCCGCCCUCAGAAGUUUGGUAACCCGCUCCAUUCUUUGCGUAGUAUCUGCAAAAAGAUGCACCCCAACGACACCAUCUGCAUGUUCUGUAAGAAAGUGGUUGGUAUGUGCAAUCCGGCCGUCUACCAUCUCAAGAAGCACUGUGUCGAGAUGGCUACCUUCGAUCGAGGUUGCCCCAGUAGCGUCCGCCACCAUGACGUGCACAGCUGUACCCAAACCGAGGGACUUCAGAGUUGAGACAGCUUGGGCACGAUCUGUGCUUUCCAGGACGAGUCUCAAAGCAAAAUGAACAGGUAGCGCCUCAAAGUUCACCCCGCGAGCCCAUAUGGCAUUGAUAAAAACAGCUACGCCAGCCGAGUUGAUGCCGGAUUUCGCAAGGAGGCCGGCUUCUGUGACAACACUAAUAUUUGGCUUCUGUGGUGUAUCCGCGGCUGAUUUAAUGUGAAGCAAGACUAGUCGUGCCUUUUGUGCACAUUCCCACUAUAGGAUGUUAGUGAACUACAACGAAGCACAGGGAAAACCCUUUGCAUACAUCCCAAUUCUGGCCGGCCACAGAGACGUCGGCUGUCUUAAAAGCCAAAGUUGUGCAGCCAUCGGCCAGCAUGCCCAUAGAUACCUCAGUUCGUGUGUUGAGUGCCAAAAUGGAGCCAAAGGGAACCCCGGAUCCCUCUGAUAUCCC